AUGUUUGUGUCUAAAAGGAGGAAAUCAAAUGCCAGCUCGCAAGACGACCAUAGGCAUCCUUCCCGCGUGACAAUUGACAAGUUUGUUACGGAGAAAGCAACGGACACAGCCGCCAAGAUAGCAUACAAGGCACGCCGGACGAUUCAUUGGGAUGACUUGGAACAUUGGCAACGGGAUAACCACCUCAUCCAUACGGGAUAUCGGCCGGCAUCCCGGUCCUUCAUGGUGUCAUUUCAUUCAUUGGGAUAUGUGCAUAACGAAACCGUGAAUAUCUACACCCACCUGCUGCCAGCCAUAUCAUCAGUACCAUGUGGAUUAUACCUCUACAAAGCCAUUUCCGCACGAUAUGAUAGCGCUACGCAUGGUGACGUGCUCGUAUUUAGCUGCUUCUUUGCCGGGGCCGCUUUCUGUCUUGGUAUGAGUUCCAUGUACCACACGAUAUCCAACCAUUCUCCCGCAGUCGCGCGCAUUGGAAACGCUAUGGACUACAUUGGCAUCGUCGGCUUGAUCACAGGCAGUUUUAUCCCAAGCGUGUAUUAUGGCUUCUACUGCGUGUCCAGAUUCAAGAAAAUAUAUUGGACAAUGAUAUUGCUGAUCGGGGCUGGGUGCACUAUCAUCUCGAUCAUGCCACGCUUUAGAACUCCUCCCUGGCGGCCGUUCCGUGCUGGCAUGUUUGUUUCCAUGGGACUCUCCGCCGUCUUUCCGGUGCUACAUGGUGUAUCGAUCUUUGGGGUGGAAUUGAUGUUGAAGCAAAUCGGUCUAUUCUGGCUCGUGCUGCAGGGCGCUUUGUAUAUAAUCGGAGCGGCUGUAUAUGCUGCGCGAGUGCCCGAGCGAUGGUAUCCUGGCGGGUUUGAUAUCCUAGGCAGCUCUCAUCAGAUAUUCCACGUCCUUGUUGUUUUGGCAGCGAUCUCACAUUUGACCGGCCUUCUGCAAGCGUUUGACUAUCGGCAUAGCGGUCUAGCGUUAUCAUGUUUAUAA